CAGUUAAAGGACUUUGAUGUGAUGUUGACUUACUACUUUCGUCAUCAGAGACAUGCCAGUGCAGCUGGCGGUAUUGGUAUGUUGCCCAUUGUGUCUGCUGAAGAUGAAACGUUAGUAGACAAUGGGGGGAAAAAAUCUCAGAAAGAGGAAGUAGGUGUUUGAGUCUCGACACUCAGUGAAACUCGCUUAAAUCGAGACUCCGUGCCAGUGCAAUGGUUUUCAACGUGGGCGUCGGGCGACACCACGCUUAAAUGGAGAUGUUGGAUGGGAAACGGCUGCUCAUCCACGAAUGGGAAGCCGGCGGCAUGGAGGAAGACGGCUGCUGCUGCUGCUGCGGAGUGGAGGCAGGACUGCACCAGCAAAACGCACUGAUUCAACUUCUCCGCCAGAAAGAGACACGACUACAGCGAAUGGCCCGGUUUUUAGUAGCGGCACUUCUUUUACUUUUUUCAGUCGCUCUGGCUUUACUGCUCACGGUUUUGCUUGGAGGAAGAAGUCAUCAGUCACCGGACGGCCAGCCCAAGAUGCAGCCUCACCGCCUUUCAUCAGACACCAUCAUCAAACAUCAACAACUUAAAGACGACAAGAAUCCAAGCGCCAUGCUAACAGCUCCUAAAGGCAAAUCGAACAAUGGGACAUAUCUUGAAUGGGAGAGUGAGAGUGGAAAUGCCUUCUGUCAGGGAGGUUUCAACUACUCCAACGGGGACCUAGUGGUGCCCAGAAAUGGCAUCUACAGAGUCUUCCUGCAGAUCACCUAUGAGAGUAAAGACCUCAACUGUGACCAUGUUAACCUGAAACUCCACAACAAGGUGUUUUUAAUCCAGGAUAAUUACAAUGUCGAUGUACUUCUCCUGUCAUCAGUUGACACAGUGAUUUGCGGCAAAGGACAGUGGAGUAAAUCCCUCUAUACUGCCGGCUUGUUUUCCCUGGAGGCUAACAGCAGACUACAUGUGAUAUCAUCACAACCCGAUCUUAUUGUUGGGAACGAACACCAGGUGUUCUUCGGUGCUGAACUUCUGCAUCAGUAAUCUGGUGAGACAGUUAGACUCACAGAAAUCUGAUUUUGAGGUUGUUUGCACUUUCAACCCCAUGGAAACCUACAGGAAGAUACUAGAUUCAUGGGUUUUAUUUUCUAUUACAGCUCAUGAAAAGUGUAAACCCACUGAGGAAUUUGCAACAGCAAGAAGCUACUAAUAUCUGCUCAACUGCAGGUUUGCUUUAUCUCACUGAAGUUAUAAGCUGCAUUGUUUUUAACAUCAUUAACCACUCGCAGAGACAUCCUGCUGCCUUAACAAUGAUUUAAUUAUGAUAUACAUUUCUAAAGAGCGUGUUUAUUUCAUUCAAUUACAUCCCUAACAUUUGUAACGCUACAGCCUUUUGGCAAAAUAGGCAUUGUCAACUGUAUUCAAUAUGCAGUAACGUAUAACUCAGUUUGGAAUAAAAAUAAGCUGUUUGUUAUUAUCUUCAGUGCAAAAACAAGUUGAUUAAUUGUCAGAAAAUAAAUACACAAUUUUGAAAAAAUCUUAUACGUGAGGAAUUUAAUAGGAUCAUAUUCAUCUUUGUGGUUUAGACAAAGCAAGCAAUUUAAAGACAUUAACUAGAUUCUGAACAUAGUGCUGAGCCUUUUUUAAUUGUUAGAUCAUCAAUUAGAUCAAUUAACCAAAAGAAUCUGAUCUGGUACCCUGAAUAUUACACUAGAAGAACAGAAAAGUUUUUUUCCCUUGGGAGAAUGAAAGGGCUCAUGAUAACCUGCUUAAUAAUUGUUAAUAUUAUUGAUUACAGGUAGAUAGUGCUGUUAUUGUACGGUCUUAGCAUUAGCUGUUUUGUCUGUUCUUUUUGACUUAAUUAGAAAUUUCAGCUUUUUUGUUGCAGUGAAAUUUUCAUCUUUUGAAAGGAUUGCAUAAUAUGGUAGCCCUUGCUGGAAGUAGCAAGUCUUUUUCACUGUUUUAACCAGGUCACAUGUUUGUGAUAGCUGUUACUGAAAGUGGUUAACAUUAGGUCAGUGUUAAACCCUGUGGGGGAAAAAAAAAACAUUCACUAAGAUUUAAAAUGAGUCAAUAACUGCCACUUUAAUAAAGGGAUAUCAAUUGGUAACAUGUUGGGCAUACCAUUAUGUUAGCAGGCAUGAAGCAUCUUCAUUAAACAUAGGCCUGUGAAGAUAGGAGGAGAUACGACAGAAUGACUGGAUUACAAUGAGAUUUAAAAAGCAACAUCCUGUGAAAAGAUUUGUUCGUAGAAAACUUUGACAGCACUUUGUAACACUAGUCAAGUGAUUGGUUAUUUUUAGAACCAUGUAUAUUUUCAACCCAAAAGCUGAAUGUGAUUCGUGUUGAAGGACAACAUUAGUCAUUUAGUACACAGCCUUACAGUAACUUGAAGUAACAGUCCAGAUUUAGUGAAAAACUCUCUGUGGAUGGCUGAAUUACUUUGUUAUUAUUUGUACUUGCUUUAUAAUGCGUUGCCAUAGCCAGUGGGUUUGACAAGGAAUGCUUCAAGAGCAGUAAACAUGGUAGAGUUACCGGAAAACUAUCACACAUAAACCCAGCCCACGCCCACGCAGUCCUGCUGCCAUGAUAACAUUUUUGUGGUAUGUGUAAACAUGUUAUAGUUUAGAUUGUUCCCCAACACAGUUUUUGUACAUGUUAUGUCCGUGUAAGCAGUUGACUCACAAGCUGUCAGUCUAAAUGUGUAACAAAGUCAAAUAUGACAGUUUCUCCAAGCCAAGGAAGGAAGCUUUGUACACUAUUUUACACCUGUUGUGAGACGGACCUGUAAACCAGAAUGUGCUGGAAAUGUAUAAUAGUUGAAAGUAUGUGCAGCGUGGGGAACACCGCAGUUUUAUCAGCUCUUUGUAAUAUGUGAUGGCUCGGAUGCUUGAGAAAUGUCAGAAUACUCUGCUGUAGAUCCAGUGAUGGAUUAAGGGAUCAUUAUAUCAAUUAUGUAUUGGUGUGUGGAUGAAUUUGACUUUUCUCACAAUGGGGCUCACUGUAAGUUGAUAAAAAUAUAUGGAAGUGGUUUUAUUUUUUACAUGCAAGGUGCUGUUGUACAAGAAGCUGCAUUGUGCAUUAUUUAAUUCAUUGCUUGCUGGGCACCCAUUACUCUGUUGGUACUAUGCAAGUUGACUUUUUCCUACUUUUAAAGAAAUUAUCAUGAUUUAUGGAGUUUUAUAUAUACACGUGUGUUAUGCAGACUGUUUAAUAAAAGUUAAUAAAUAAAACUGUAUUGACAAAA